UUAUUCUGUGAUAACGAAUUGCAAAAUUGAAGCCACAGAAAAAAUUAAGAAUUAAGACCUACCUACUUUAACUAGUAUUGAAAUCGAGGUCGUCUGCUUUUUAAUUAUGAGUGUUUUACUCUAAUAAUAUGUUGUGAACCGGUUGAUUAGUAGUUAAUUUAAUGUACGGUAUCGUAUGCAAUAAGCAUACAUAGUUCUAACUAAACCGUAGUUAGAUUUUCCCUCAUAAAAAUGCCUACAAACGAAAAGAACUUUUUUCAAAAAACCGUUCAAGACCUGGCCCGAUCGCUUGCAUCACAAAAUGACACGCCGUGGGGAAAAAUUCAAACCUUAUAUUCACUGUGUCCACAAGAAAGCCAAAACGGGGUAUACCAAAUGGAUCAAAGAGGCCAAGAUGCCGUUAUUGCUUUAGGAAUAUACUUGUUGGAAUCAGAUUUCCAGCACAUUGACCACAUAUUGCCAUAUUUAUUAAAAUUGUUAAGCGGAUUAGGCAAAAUGCAAUGGGUUGACGAAAUCAAAUAUUUUCCUAGAGAAAGGAUACCAGUAGCUGAAAGAAUGAGUUUUUGUCUAAACACAUUGCUAACUGACAUUGCUACGCGUUAUCCUCCUUCUAAAGAAAAAAUUAUUGAAGCUCAGAUAAAAUGUUUAAGUAAACUGUCAAAUACAAUCAGAUCAGCUAAAUCAGACAAACUAAAUGAUCUCACCAAAACUUCUUUAUGCAAAGCAACCAUUCCAUGUUUAAUUGGCUUAGCAAGAUCAAUGGGACGUGCGACAUUAAGCGAUCCUCCAUUAUUGUGUCGUUUAUUUCCAAAACCUACUCCUCCUGUACGUCAGAUACCGAUUCCAGUACCUGAUCUUAACAUUGCUAAAAAGAAAAGUUUUUCCAACUUCCGUUCAAUUAUUCCACGUUCUUUAUCUUUAAAUUUAAACUUGGCAUCUCUUGAUGUAAUGACAUUAAGUUCUUUGGAUCCAAUGAAUGAUCUAAGUAAUAGAAUGAUUUAUAAAUCCGAAUGUAAAUUAAGUCCUCAAGCACCCAAUAACAUGUCCAACUAUUUUUUCUUUAAGUAUGGUUCGAGUUUUAAUCAAUUCCCUUAUACAAGAUUUACAGAUUCGACUGUUGAUCAUAAAUCUUCUACAUUAUUGUUUCCUUUGGGACAUUUACAAACUGUUUUAUCUAUCGCAAAAAAAAUUCUUACUUCUGAGGUGUUGGGAUUUGUUGAUAGCUUGGCAUUGGAAUAUCACAUAUCUGGGGAAAGCAAGACGUUUUGUUACCAAAGUUUUAGCGAAAUAUUAAAUUUAGUUUUUGCUUCAUUAUUGAAAGAACUACUUCAACAUCAACAAGAUUUACCAAUGCCGUUCACAAAAGACGUCCAAGAAUUUAUUAAAGACCUGUUUUUGAAUGGACAAACUGAAUUGCAAGCAGGAGCGACACAAGAGUUAUCAGAUCACGAUGACAAAAAUGUACAACAUAUAACAUUAAAUAAAUUUAAAAUUAACGUUUUAGCAAAUGCCGCUUGUGUGGAUUUAUUGGUUUGGGCUACUAGAGAUGAAUCGGGUGCUGACAGUUUAUGCGGUCGUUUAAUGGAAAAAAUUAAUUCUAGUAACAAUGUUAAGCAAGCCAUAGCACAUAUGCCUUUGAUUUUAGUUUGUAUGGAGGGUUUGGGUAAGUUAUCAGAAAAAUUUCCGAGUAUCGCCAGUACUUGUAUUCAAUGUCUUCGCGACUUCCUCGUUCAACCUUCUCCAAUAUUAUCCAAACUUAAUAAGUUUCAUUCAGAAAAACUAAAUGCAAAAGGUUUAAGCAUAACUGUUAAUGGUUUUAAUGAGAAUAAGCCUAUAUCAGAUCAUAUUGAAUCACAAUUUGAACGUCUUCGUAAUUCAUCUAUCGAAAAUCUAUGUAUUGCUCUAAGAGCAGCUUAUACAUUAGAUCCUUUUUGUGUACCAGCUCUUUUAGCUUCUUUAUCAAAUCGACUAUACACUGCAGAAAAGUCAAAAAAUGACUCGUCAUUGAUACAAGCAAACACUAUAGUGAUGUUAGGCCAUAUUGCUGUUAGUUUGAGAGACACGGCCAAGACAUCUGAUACCAUAUUGCAGUUUUUCCAACAGCGGUUUUGUCGUGUCCCAAGUUCUAUUGACGUACUAAUUGUUGAUCAACUUGGAUGUAUGAUUAUUGCAAAAUGUGAUAUGAAUGUCUAUGAAGAAAUAAUGCGCAUGUUUUCGACAAUAACAGUUGAAGCAGGAAACGCUUUAUACAGCAAUGACCAAUCAAACCAAUAUAGGCAUGUGUCCGGUGCAGUUAUAAACGCCUUAGCAAAUAUCGCGGCCAAUAUUAAUGGUGAAAGUGAAAUGAACGAACUUCUUGUGAGAUUAUUAGAACUUUUUGUCCAACUUGGCCUCGAAGGAAAAAGAGCAUCAGAAAAAGCUCCUGUUGCUAAUAAGGCCUCCAGUAGUGCCGGGAAUCUGGGCAUGUUGAUUCCAGUUAUAGCUGUUCUGAUUCGGCGCUUGCCAGUUAUUACACAUCCAAAACCGAGGCUUCAUAAGCUGUUUAGAGAUUUUUGGUUGUAUUGCGUGGUUAUGGGAUUUACAAAUGAUUCUGGUUUAUGGCCUAGUGAAUGGUAUGAAGGCGUAAAAGAAAUUGCCAUAAAAUCUCCAUGCCUCGUUACGCAAACUUCAACUAGAUCACAAAUGCGUGAACUACAAUAUACUUCGGCAGUUCGCAAUGAGAGUGUUUCUUUGAAUCAACUUCAAGAAUUAAAAUCUCAAAUACUUCAACACCUCAAUCCAGCCCCACCAGAAGUCACAGCUGCUGUUAAUAAACUUUCAUUUGCCCAAGCUACUUAUUUAUUAUCGGUGUACUACUUAGAAACCAUGCGUGUGCAGAAUUCUUCUGACCCAAGUUUACAACCCAUUUUUGAUUACUUAUCUGAUUAUGCUAUUCAAAAAGACAAAACUGGGCUGUGGCAUUGUGUAUCUAGCGUUGGCGAUAAAGUGUUUUCGUUAUUCCUCAAUGCCAUGUCUAAUCAAUCUAAAGAUGAAAUAAGAGAAACAAAAUUGGAAUACCAUGCACAAUUAUUGUUGGUUAAUUUCAAUCACAUACACAAAUUGAUUCAAUGUGUUGCUGAUAGAUGGCUUUCCGGACUUGUCAGCAAGUUUCCUCACUUACUAUGGAAUCAACGAGUGUUGUGGACUAUGUGCGACAUACUUCAAGUAUUGUCUUAUUCUCUAGAAUUAAAUCCUAACAAUGAGACACCUUGUAUUCAAAUACCAUCCACUCCAUUUACAUUAGUGUUGAUGGAUACUCUGGAAGCUAGAGAAAGUACUACCAAUGAUUUUGCCGCAAGAUCGUUAGGUUUUAUUCAAGAAGCGAUGAAGUGGGCUCCGAGCGCUACAAGAUCUCAUCUUCAACACUAUAUCACUAAAAUACCCAGCACUUCGUAUUGGCAUCAUUCGGGAUUGGCAUUAGCUACAGAAAGCAUAUUGCAAAGUAGUGGCCUGAAUUUUCACGCUGCGCCUUUAUCGAAAACGACAUUAGAUAAACGACCGCGCUGUGUGAAAACUGAUUCUUCCUUAUACAUCACAACUCUGGGUUUAAGAAGCCACUUUGCGGGUAUCGUUUCGGGUAUGAUAUCGGCGUAUGAAAAUAGCCCCGAACAACUUGUUGACAAUGUAAUUGCUAAAGUUUGGAGUGCAUGCGAUAACGAUACAAACAACAUGCACCAUAAUGCUCUUUGGACAGCAACAGCUUUGCUCAUAUCAAUUUCUGGCUGUACUAGAAAAUUAGUGCAUGUCGUUGCAUGGUCUCAAGUGAAAUUGUUCACCACUAAAGCAAUGAGAACUGCUGUCGAGUGCUGGCAAUGGUUGACCUCGGCUAGACCAGAUAUAGAAUUGCAAUUUCUACAAGAAAUGUUUGCCGCGUGGCAGUACACUAUUGAUAGCCGCAUGGGAUUAUUUGCUAAAGAUGUGGAACAAGUGAGCCCAUUAGCAGUGUAUGAAGGUUGUGUUUUGGAACCUAAUCCACCUUUUGUUAAGCCCCAUGACAUUUGGGUCCAAUACAUAUCAGAGGUAGUUGACAAUGUUAAAUCGUGUAGCCAAGAAAAAGUAGAAAUGUUAGCAUUGAUGUUGCAUCGAUCAUUACCUAUGUGUGUUGGUACAUCUGAUGCUUUUAUUAGUCAGCACAUUGAUGCGAUAGGAACGCGGUUUAGGUUGUUGCAAUGUGGAUUAACUUUACUUCAAGGAGAUGUAUUACCAAAGUCGCUUGGUAAAAAUAUAUUGAGAGAGCGUGUGUAUUGUGCUUGUUUCGAUACAUUUACUACUCCUGUCCAAUGUCCUACACAACGUGGUUCGGAAUUAAGAGACGAUAUUCUUGCUCUUACAAAAUUUUGGCAGACGAUGCAUUCAGAUAAAAAAUACUUAAUGGCUAGCGUUAUUGGAGAUUUUGAUCCUCAAGGUGGUACAUUACAAACACCCGGCGUCACCAACUAUGAUCACCAGCUGACUAUUACAUCAUUGAAUGAACUAACUGUAACUAGUAUUGGAGCGGUCUCUGCAAAUUCAGGUACAUCACAAGGUUGGAUGAAUACUGUGCCAUUAUCGACUUCUGCUACAAAUACAUUAAACAAACGAACAGCCAAUAAUCUAAGACUAAAACGUCAGAACGGCAAUGCUAAUCAAGAUUUGUAUGUCAAAGAUUACAUUAAGAAGAGGAUACUUAUACUUGAUCUAUUGGCCGUUCAAAUUGAAUUUUUAAGCACAUGGCAAAAUCCUGCCGGUCUCGCCGAACUAAAUGUACCUGGAGAAGAUAUGGUAGCUUCCUGGAAGUCUAAAACUGUUCCAGAUAAAUCUUUACGAGAGAAUACUAGGCUAGCGUGGGACAUUAGUCCCGCACUAUGUGUAUUCUUACCGGUUCGAUUAAAAUACUCUGAUUGUAUUAUAAAAGAGGUAUGCAGAAUGGUUAGAGCAAAUCCAAUGGCCGUUUCACACAUACCAGAAGCAUUGCAAUAUUUAGUAACUACCGAAACACUUUUGAGCGACGCGCCUGAGCUCGUUUAUAUGUUGACGUGGGCACGAGUUUCGCCCGUUCAAGCGUUAUCGUACUUCUCCAGGCAAUAUCCACCACAUCCAAUUUCUGCACAAUACGCUGUUCGGGUGUUGGCAAGUUAUCCAGCCGACGCCGUCUUAUUUUACAUUCCGCAAUUGGUCCAAACUCUACGUCACGAUACAAUGGGUUAUGUUUUGGAAUUCAUCAAGUCCAUUUCAUUGCGAUCUCAAGUGGUGGCUCAUCAACUGAUAUGGAAUAUGAAAACCAAUAUGUAUAUUGAUGAAGAAAUGCUGCAUAAAGAUGCUGCUCUUUACGAUACUUUGGAUACAUUGACUAAUGCAAUUGUAGACUGUUUGUCGGGUCCAGCGAAAAAAUUUUAUGAGCGUGAAUUUGACUUUUUCUCUCAAAUUACUGAUAUAUCAGGAAAAAUAAGACCGUUUCCAAAAGGACCUGAACGAAAGCGUGCCUGUUUGGAAGCUCUUAGUAAAAUUGAAGUACAGGCUGGGUGUUAUUUACCUUCGAAUCCAGAAGCGAUGGUUAUUGAUAUUGACUAUAACAGCGGAACUCCUAUGCAAAGUGCUGCCAAAGCUCCGUACUUAGCUCGAUUCAGAGUAAAAAAAUGUGGUAUUAACGAAUUGGAACAGACGGCUAUGGCCAUUUCCAAUCAGCAAACUGAUGGUACAUAUAAAAAAUCCACAGAGCCCACUACCUCUAUGUCGGGUUUAGACACCUGGCAAGCUGCUAUAUUCAAAGUUGGAGACGAUGUACGCCAAGAUAUGUUGGCUCUUCAAGUCAUAAGUAUUUUCAAAAACGUUUUUCAACAAGUCGGUUUAGAUUUAUAUUUAUUCCCAUAUCGAGUUGUAGCAACUGCACCAGGUUGUGGAGUUAUCGAAUGUGUUCCAAAUGCGAAAUCAAGAGAUCAACUCGGCCGCCAAACCGAUUUCGGAAUGUAUGAAUAUUUUAUCAAAACAUAUGGAGAUGAAAGUACUAAAGAAUUUCAGAAUGCCCGUCGAAACUUUGUUAGAUCAAUGGCGGCUUAUAGUGUCAUAGGAUUUUUGUUGCAAAUUAAAGAUAGGCAUAACGGAAACAUAAUGUUGGACACUGACGGUCACAUUAUACACAUUGAUUUUGGAUUCAUGUUUGAGUCUUCGCCCGGUGGCAAUUUAGGCUUUGAACCAGACAUAAAACUUACCGAUGAAAUGGUCAUGGUAAUGGGUGGAAAAAUUGAUGCUCCAUCUUUCCGGUGGUUUACGGAAUUAUGCAUACAGGCUUACUUAGCUGUGAGGCCCUACAAGGAAGCCAUUAUUUCACUUGUCUCAUUGAUGUUGGACACUGGCCUACCUUGUUUCCGUGGCCAAACAAUCAAAUUGUUACGCGCGAGAUUUGCUCCUCAAUCGUCUGACAGGGAAGCAGCCGUGUACAUGAUGAGUAUCAUACACAAAUCUUUCCUCAAUUUCAGAACAAUCGCUUAUGAUUACUUACAACUCUAUCAAAAUCAAAUUCCUUGUUAAUAUAGUUCAAUCGUUUUAAUCUGUGUUAUUAUGUUUAUUGGUUUUAGUAGGUGUUUAAAAGGAGUUACUAUUGUAACUAAAACAUUUAUUUAGUUAAGCUACGUAUUUAAUCGUAAUAUUCGACAGUGUUUUAUUUCUAGUUAAAUGUGAAAUUGAAUCAAAUGUGUGUGUAUUUUUUUUCUUAAUAACUAUUCUCUAUACAAAUAUUUAUAUGCUGUAGUUACCAUGUUAUACACAUUUUUUUUAUUAGUUUAUUUGAAUUUUUAAUUAUUAUUGAUCUUUUAUUUGUUAUAAUAUGAACUACUAAAACUUGCAUUUGCGGUGAUUUCCUUCCAUUGUAUUACAUUAUUA